AUGGUGGAGGACAAAUCCAUCCCGGAACGGAGCGGCUCUGUGCACUCCGUCUCUGCUGGUGGUGCCGCCACGGUUCAGGAGGAAAGCUUUUUGACUCGCCAUGGCUUGAAUCUCACAUCCUUCAAGAAACGACAUUAUGGGCGUGGUAUUGUGGAGUUGGAUAGGCCGAUGAAGCCUCGUCAUCUCAACAUGAUUGCGAUUGGCGGUGCUAUCGGGGCCGGCUUCUUUGUUGGGUCCGGUAAAGCUUUCUCUUCGGGUGGUCCGGCCUCCGUCCUCAUUUGUUUCUGUAUUACCGGGGUUCAACUGUUUGCACUUGGCGAAUUAGCCGUCCUGUUCCCCAUCUCCGGCGGCUUCUACACAUAUUCGACUCGAUUCAUCGACCCCUCGUGGGGUUUUGCCAUGGGCUACAACUACCUUUUUUCGUGGGUAUUUACCCUGCCCCUCGAGUUGACAGUAUGUGGUAUCGUGGUUGGAUACUGGGAUACAUCUACAAGCGUUGGCGUUUGGAUUACCGCCAUGUGGAUCCUCAUUAUCUUGAUUAAUGUUUUCGGCAGCCUCGGCUACGCCGAAGAGGAGUUCUGGGCUGCCAUCCUCAAAAUAAUCACCAUCAGCAUCUUCAUGGUCAUCUGUCUGGUUAUGAUACUCGGUGGCGGACCUUCAGAUGGCAAGUACGACGAAUACAGCGGCACAAAGCUCUGGAGCGACCCUGGUGCUUUUAGACACGGAUUCAGGGGCUUCUGUUCCGUCUUCGUCACAGCCGCCGUCUCUUUCAACGGAUCGGAACUUGUCGGGUUGGCGGCAGCGGAGAGCAAGAACCCGGUGAAGGCACUUCCGAGCGCCAUCAAACAGGUCUUUUGGCGCAUCACGCUGUUCUACGUCGUCGGCCUCACGCUGGUUGGGUUCCUCAUUCGCAGCGACGACCCCAACUUGAUUUCAGACAGCGCCUACACGGAUGUUAAUGCGUCGCCUUUCGUGCUUGUCGGAUUAUAUUCCGGUCUGAAGGGUCUCGACAAUUAUCUCAAUGCUGUCAUUCUCAUUUCGGUCCUAUCGGUUGGUGUGUCGGCCGUUUACGGAGGCUCGCGGACGCUUACAGCGCUCGCGCAGCAAGGCUACGCGCCAAAGAUCUUCACCUAUAUCGACCGAUCUGGUCGUCCUUUGGCAUCGGUUAUUGCAGUAAUAUGCUGCGGCCCUCUAGCAUACGUCAACUUGAGUGCAUCAGGCCCGGUUGUGUUUAACUGGCUGCUUGCGCUGACUGGGCUGGCUACAAUUUUCACCUGGGGUUCUAUUUGCUUCGCCCACAUCCGUUUGGAUGAAAUUCCGUUCAAGGCUUUUGGUGGAGUGUAUGGGUCUUGGCUUGGUCUUUUUCUCGCCUUUAUCGUGCUCGCAGCGCAGCUGUUUACGGCGAUCGCACCCGCUGGCAAGGAGGGCCUGAACGAUGCCGAGGGGUUCUUCAAGUUGUGCCUAGCACUGCCAAUUAUCCUGGUCUUCUGGGUUUGCGGGUUUUUCUGGAAGAAAGAGGGCUGGCUGAGGACCUCGGAGAUGGACGUGGACACGGGAAGACGCAAACUGGACUGGGACGAGAUUCGAGCUCAUCGCGAACAUGUCGCCAGCUUGCCAAUGUGGCAGCGACUGAUGUACAAGCUGUUCUAGUGCACCAAUCGCGGGCCAAUAUCAAGCGCUCUGUGACAUGAUGGUUGCAGGAACAGGCAGCGCCGACAGGGAUGCACGACAUGCGUGGCUGAGGCGGAGAUCGUUCGAUAGUGGAGCGUUAAAAACAAGCAUUCUACCGUCAGG